UACAAGAGAAGGAAAGCUAUAGAAAGGAAGACGAGAAAAAAAAAAAAUCCCAUUUUUCUUCCGUUGUCUGUCAAAAUAAUUUCAUUCCAGUCGCAGAACCAGACAAUCGAACAGCUUGGAUCGGUUUUAGAUUGUCUUCUUCUCCAAUCCGAGCCCGGAAUCGCUUGAUUCUGUGAGAAAGGAAUAGAUACUCUAAAAUCUUAUUCUUCAAUCCGCAGAUGCCGUUAGAAUUUCGUGGCGCUCAGGAAUUAUCGUCAAUUAUAAUUUGCUUAAGAAUUGGAAUCAGUUGAUUGAUCUAUCUAUACAUUGUGGAGACUUCUGUUUGAAGAAAACUUCCAUUGAAUAAAUACAUUUCAAACUCCCACUUCCUCGUCAAACUCGGGCACUGUGUCUUGCAACAGUGCCCAUGGAUGCCACGACGAGCGGAACCCCAUCUGUUGAUUUCCACAACAUAGUCGACCAGCCCCUCACCCUUGUCUCCCCAUUGCAAACGUUCCAACGCCAACAGCGGCAUUGCUUUGGGGAUUCCACCCCAGGAGAAUUCCCAUUGGCAACCAACCCCUCUGUUGUUCUCCAUGUCCUCACAGGCUGCAAUUUGGACCCGCAAGACCUUGCAAAGCUUGAGGCAACAUGUUCUUUCUUCAGGCAUCCUGCGAACUUUCCCCCUGAUUUCGAGCUCUCCAUAUCGGAGCUUGCUGCACUGGACAUGUGCCAGAAGAGGGCCAUCUUUAAGCCAAUGACAGAAGAAGAGCGGGCUGCCCUGAAGCAACAGUGUGGGGGAUCGUGGAAGCUGGUCCUGAGGUUUUUGCUGGCAGGGGAAGCAUGCUGCAGGAGAGAGAAGUCACAGGCAAUAGCAGGGCCUGGUCACAGCAUAGCUGUGACAUCAAACGGGAUGGUAUAUUCGUUUGGGUCUAACAGCUCAGGGCAGCUGGGCCAUGGUACUGUGGAAGAGGAGUGGCGGCCACGCCAAAUCAGAUCAUUGCAAGGGAUUCGUAUUAUACAAGCAGCAGCGGGGGCUGGUCGGACAAUGCUGAUCAGUGAGGCUGGACAGGUGUAUGCAUUUGGGAAAGAUUCCUUUGGAGAAACUGAGUAUGGCGUUCAAGGCACUAAAUAUGUUAUGACUCCACAGCCAGUUGAAUCCUUGAAGGGCAUAUUCGUGGUGCAAGCUGCAAUUGGGAAUUUCUUCACGGCCGUCCUCUCUAGGGAAGGCAGAGUUUAUACUUUUUCUUGGGGCAGUGAUGCGAAGCUGGGCCAUCAAACUGAGCCGAAUGAUCAGGAGCCUCAUCUCCUCUUGGGACCCCUAGCUAACAUACCAGUGGUGCAAAUCGCAGCUGGCUAUUGCUACCUUCUUGCACUAGCAUGCCAACCUAGUGGCAUGUCUGUGUACUCCGUGGGCUGCGGUUUGGGAGGAAAGCUUGGCCAUGGAUCCAGAACUGACGAGAGGUACCCUCGUUUGAUUGAACAGUUUCAGGCCUUAAACCUUCAGCCUGCAGUUGUUGCAGCAGGCGCUUGGCAUGCCGCUGUCGUGGGACGUGACGGACGUGUAUGCACUUGGGGUUGGGGGCGAUAUGGCUGCUUGGGGCAUGGGAAUGAAGAGUGUGAGUCAGUUCCAAAGGUUGUGGAAGCUUUGAGCAAGAUCAAGGCCGUUCAUGUCGCCACAGGUGAUUACACAACUUUUGUGGUUUCCGAAGAUGGUGAUGUGUACUCCUUUGGAUGUGGAGAAUCGUCGAGCCUCGGACACUCUACUGGGACUGAUGGCCAGGCAAAUAGGCACUCAAAUGUGUUGAGCCCAGAGCUAGUCACUUCAUUGAAGGAGGUGAAGGAGAGGGUUGUGCAGAUCAGCCUCACUAAUUCAAUAUAUUGGAAUGCGCACACAUUCGCCCUCACUGAAUCGGGGAAGUUGUAUGCUUUUGGGGCUGGAGACAAAGGACAGUUGGGCAUCGAGCUCAUGGCUCACCAGAGUGAGAGAGGCAUCCCAGAGCGGGUUGACAUUGAUCUCAGUUAGUUCUUGAUUCUCUCUCUCUCUCUCUCUCUCUCUCUCUCUCUCUCUAGCUUCUCUUCAUUCACUAUUGCAUCAUCGUCACCAUGUCCAUGCAGAUUGAUAUGUCGUCUCAGGUGUUCCAAUUUCUCCUGUCUAUUUGUACAUAUGAAAGUUUCACAUUAUUAAAAAAAAAAAAAAACAAAAUCAAAAAAGCACAGAGAGAGAGAGAGAGAGAGAGAGAGAGAGAGAGGAGUUCCCAUGUGGGAAGCCCUUUGAAUGGGGGUAAGCACCUGGGAUUCUCCUCAAUCAGUCUUACAGCACAUCACUCUUCUGCUCUUAGGUAUUAACUCGUGUGUUUGUGUUGGAAUCAGUUCUUUACCUAUAUCUCUUUCAUUCCGCUGCUUAUACUUACAUUAGACAGCUGACAUUUACACCUUUGUUUUCUUCUUCUUCUUAAAUGCUUUCUUUCACCCA